AUGUCACAGGAAACUACAGAUGAACCUCAUAAUGAAGUUCUCGAUCAAAAUUCAUCAAACGAUACUAGCAAAAAUAAGAUAGAUUUCAAAAAUAGUACGAUCAAUAAACCAAAUGAUGAACCAACGAAAUUGUCUCCGACGAAAAAUUACAAAAAAUUGGCAAUCAACACUGAUCAUCGAGCUAAAACCUCAUCAAAAGAUAAACAACCACUGCAAGUGAAACAUAUCGCCUCAUCAUCAACUUUAGAAAACAGUCCACUCAAAAGUCCAUUAUCAACUCAUCAGUCAGCAACAAACCUAAAUCAAUUGAAUAAUCUUUCACAAGCAUCACUUUCACCUAGUCUCAACAAGAAUUCAAUUUCAAAUAUUAAUAAAUCAUUAAAAGCCAAGCAAAAGAUUAUACAUUCUAGAGAACCUCAUCCAAAAAAUCCAACUUUAAUAUCAAAUAUAAUCAAUAAAUCUCCUCAGUCAACUGUAUUUCCUGUACUACCUUCAAAUUCUCAUAAUUUAGAAAUUACUCCAACUUUAAAUAAUUUAAGAAAUAAUAAUAGUGCAGUUUCUACUCCAGGUGCAUCAGUUUUAAAAUUAAAUAAUAAAUCAACCAUUAAUGACGAAGGUUUAAAAUCACAAGAAAGUUCGAAUCCUUAUUCUAUAUUGGAUUCAAAGCAACAUCUUCUGUCUCAACAAUCAGUGCAACAAUCAUCAUCUCAACAACAUGAUCAAGAAUCGAAACAACCUCAACAGCAACAAUCGCAGCUGCUGCAGCCUAAUCAAUCGCAACAACUUCCACAGCUACAACAACAAUCUCAACAACAAUUAUCUCAGUCGCAACAACAACUGCAGGCCAGUUUUAUGCAUCACCCAAACAAUUCAAGUAUAAAUGCAUCAUCAUUAACGAAUUUAUCAGAUACGAACAAGCAAUCUAAGCAUAAAAAGAUAGCGAAACAAAGCUCAACAAAGACUGAUUUUUUUGCAGCUAAAUUAGCAAGCGCUGUUGAUGAUGUGGAAAGUAGUGAUAGUGAUGAAACUUUUGUUUAUGAAAAUGGAAAUGAUGAAGAAGAUACACCAAAUCAAUUGAAUAUGUCGGAUAAUGUUAGUGUUGCUGGUAGUAUUGGUUUCAGUCAAAGAGAUGACAAUGAAGGCAGAAAUAAAUCAAAAGGUAAUAAAGCUCCUUCUAUAGCGAAUUCGAUGACUAGUGCAAGUCAUUUGGACUCUCUAGGAUUCAAACGUCAACAUCAUCCAGCUCUGUCAUCAAUAUCAAUGAUUGAAUCCGAUGGAGGUAGAGCUUAUUCUGCACAAUUUCUUCAAGCUCCAAUUGUUGAACAAAACCCUAACCUGGGACUGAAUCAUAAUCAAAAUGCAAGUAUUGGUCAUUCAAUAAACGAUAUUUAUCAUCAAGACGAUGCUUAUUCAUAUAAUGAGAUAGAAGAUGAUAUGGUUGAAGAAAACUCAUCAGAGGAAGAUGCAGAAAAAUUUAAUACAGUAACUCCAACACAUCCACAAAUAUCGUCACUACAACACUUACAUGCACCUUCGUCAUCAGCUGUUCAUUCUAUAUCAAGCAAAAAUACAUCAAAGAAAAAUUAUAAAUCAUCUACAACUUCCUCAAAAUUGAGAUCUACUACUUCAAAAUUAUUUGAUAAAAAAGGAUCACAACCAAGAAGGUAUAGCACUAUACCUGAUGAUAUAGAUAUUGAAGAUUUUGAUGAUGAACUCAUCUAUUACGAUUCUAAUGUUAAAUUCCCACAUGUUACUGAAUCUUCAUCACUAUUAAAACAUCCGCAAAAGAAAAUUCCUCAUUAUAGAUCUUUAAAUAUGAAUUUACCGGGUAUAAAACGUCCAAAAAGAUAUUUAUCUACUGGUCAACAACUAACUAGUCCCGAUCAUGAUGCAAGUAAAAAUGUUUUCCCAUUUCCAUACAAUGAUAAUCAACAACAUAAUUUUUACUACGACAUUGAUGAUUUUGAUCAAGAAUCCAGUAGAUCUUAUAAUUUCGAUCUUCCUGAUUUACCAAUGCAUAAAAAGGGGUCAAGAAAUUUUAGUAAUACAAAUCAUAUAGAUAAUCACCCGUAUUUUCUAGCUCAAAAAUCUGAAAUAAGAGCAAGUUGUGUAAAAUCAUUCAUAUACACACUAAUUUGUAUCAUAGUUAUAUUAUCAGUUGGAUUCAUACUAGGUUUUAUAAUGGCAACCACAAAAGAUUUAACAGAAGUUGGAAUUACAUCAAUUGAAAAUCCUAUUGUUAGUAAAGAUGAACUUGUUUUCAAUAUAGUAGUUGAUGCAUUUAAUCCAGGUUGGUUCAAUGUGGAUAUUAAAGAGGUUGAAUUGGAUUUAUUUGCAAGAAGUGGGUAUUUACCUGAUGUAGUUGAUAAAACACAAAUGUAUGUCAAGAAGGGUUCAUCAUCGAAAGUUGAAACUGUUAAAUUAGGAACUAUACUAAGUCUUGAAUCAGAAAUGAGUUUUAAAGGUGGGUUUUUUUCAAGGGAACCAACUAUACAAAAGGGAGAAGUUAAAUUACUAAAUCCUGGUAAGAAUGUCACGCUAGAAACGUUCUCAAAUGAUACGGGCCAAGAUAAUUCUCGAAAAUGGGAGAUUAUAAGCGAGAAUCCAUUUGAUUUGAUUAUUACUGGUGUUUUGAAAUAUGAUUUACCUUUGGGUACAAGUACUAGAUCUGUUGUUGUUCGAAAAACUGGAUACAUUGAUCCUACGCUAUAUUAUUUGCUUGAUGAAAGAAAAAAAGAUUAA